CAGAUGCAGCCAAUACCAAACUUAGAUAUUACUGCGGUACCUGUUUUGGGUGCUGAAAGUGUUUGUAUUGCACAACUGAUUUGCAAAAUACUAUUUGUAAAUGAAAUAACUAGGUCACCUUCCCUAUCAAUAUCUAUUGCAUCAAGUGAAAAUAGAAUCAACGAAAGUGAAAUGAGCAGUGAUGAAUCUGAGUUUGCAGUAGAUUAUAAAUUAUUUGUUAAGACAGCAGAUGGGAUUUUAUUACCUGCUAAAUGGUUCAAAGAAUCUGUAUCAACAGUCAAUAAAUUCCUUUCAUUCAUUUAUAACAAAAUUCUCUUGGUAACAAAAAAUAAUACUAUUAUGCUAAGUGAUUACUCUGUGACAUUCAAAAUGCAAAGAGAAACAGGUGCUGGUACUCAGUUGGUCGAUAAACAAGAUUUUAUCAAGUUCAAAUCUGAAUAUACUAAGUUAGCUGCUAGAAAAAGUGAUAUCGGAAUUUAUGUUACAAUUGCACAACCUUCUGAAUCAGAUUUAAGUGAAUAUGAAGAAAGACUCUCCAAUUACAAAAAUAAUAAUCAAAUUCCAAAUGUUUCAUCUUUAUCUUUACAUGAUAAGGAAAUUGCUAAAAUUGUGUUAACAAUUAGAAAUAAUAAAGGACUAGUUAUAGUUGAAGAUCCUCCAACACAUCUUCUUUUUUCUUAUGCUAUACAGCUACAAGCACAAUUUACACAACUAUUGCUACUACAAGUACAACAAUCACCACUGCUAUCACAAGUACAAUUAUCACAACUAUUACUACAAAGACAUUCUCAAUUGAUUUUAUCACCAUUUCCAUUACAACAAACACCAUUUUUACCAUCACCACAACUACCACCACAAUAUAAUUGGGCACUUGGAUCUCAAACAUUUCAAUCACAUCAACCAACUUCAUAUAAUCCAUAUUAA